GUUCUUUUAAUCCCAAAGGCAAACACCUCAGCGUCAUAGCUGGCCUCUGAGAGACUUGAAUGAGCCUGUUUCAUUUCGUAUCUAUCUCAUGUACAGAAAGUUAAAUGGAAUUGGAUGCACCUUAUUUCUUCGAUGUCUGUGUCCUUAGCGUAAAGCAUACAGGCUGGACCUUCAGGCACUCUUCCUUGCUUUGAAUUGAGUGAAGAGAUGGAUGUGAUCACCCAGCGUCAAACGCAGAUCUUCCUGUAGAAUACUCUGGUUUUCUGCAUGCUGGGAUUUCUUACUCCCAACUUGAUCUGAAAUUCUAUGUAUGCAUUCUGUUUUUAUAAGAUUGUUAAGACUGACUUUAAUCUCAAAAUCACAUAUCUAUACACCCCAUGCACCUAUUUUCUCAUUUCACUUACUUUUUUUUUCCAUUUUUUGGAUAUAGCAGCUCUAUGUAUUCGUGGUGUUCUGGGCUUGCUCUGUAGACCAGGCUGGCCUUUGAACUCAAAAAGAUCCUCCUGCUCUAACCCCACUGCUGGGAUUGCAAGCAUGAGCCACAGCAAUGGUCUGUUCACGUCAAACUCGUUACUUUAAUACAGACUCCAAAACGGUCUUCAACCCAUUUUUAAUGCUUCUAGCAGUCAGCAUCCGUAACACUUGAAGACCUGACGUAGCGCUUGACAGCAUUCACUGUGUCUGCUGCCUUAGAAAGUUUCACUCCAGGGCUCCAGGGUGGAGAAAGCACACCAUUUCUGUCUCUCCUUCUUGAGAUUGUACUUUUGAGAAACAUUCAGAGUUUUUGCCUCUUGACAUUAUUUACCAUGUUUUCAUUCUGUGAACCUGAAUUUAGUUUCACACGCUUCAGGUUAGUGUUCAAAUGAUAGCGCCUUAGCAACAGAGGGAAGCACUGUACAGUGUCCUUAUGAAUGCCCUGGCAUGUUCACUUAAUAAUCAAGACAUCUAUAUGCACAGACAGGUUUAGAUCAUUAAAAUGAAUUAUAUACCUGUCCUGGUGGCCGUGGAAGCUUUGGGAUUUCUUUGUGAUGCCUUAGUUCUUGUAUAUAAACUUGCAGCUAUAUCAGUCCUGCCAUUUUGUUAACAGUGACGUCUGGCUCCACCGUCCCACUAGAAUGGCUUGUUCCAUUCCUAUUGAAUUUUGAUCAGACUGAAGAAGGAGCCUGCUCUCAAGACCCACAUUUUACUUCCAGGCCAUAUGUUCUGUUCUUAUAGCUUACCAUUCUACCUGUGUCAUGUCUUCAUCAUCCUCAAGGCCCAGGGAACCAUCUUACUGUCUGCUCCUUCUGUCUUCCAAGUUCUUCCAGCCACAGGGCCUUUAGCUCCCGACAUGGAUGACUUACGGGUAGUAGCAUAGGUAUCGGCCCAACCUCAGCCUACCUUGGUCUUAGGCUUUGGAAGUGCAGAACCAUCAUGGUGGAGAGGCAUGGUGGAGAAGACCUCAUCUCUAGGAAAAAAAAAGGCUUAAGAAAAGAAAACCUAUAUGUAUUCAAUUAAAAACAAGAGUUGGUUCUGUAGGAGGCAGGACCAAUACAUUGAAAGAAUAGCCAUGGUUACCAGAGACUGUGGGAAGUUUCACUUAGUGUGUCAAGUGUUACCGGAAAGCUGGGGUCCUUUCUCAAUAAAAGACCUCAUGGAGCUGUUCUGAACCCUGUAGUUUCUAUGAUUAAUAGACUUGUGGUUUCAGCAGUGAUAGAACCUGUAAUUAUCAGCAUUAGUUUAGCGGGAGGAAACAGUCUAGUAAUGGGUUAUCUGAGACAUUUCAGUUAUUGCUGCACUGCUCUGUUGUGGGCCUUUGCUAAAGGCAAGAGUGGGCUGCGCAUGCUCCUCCUCUUGGGCUUGCUUCCCAGCACCACUUUAGAGGAUGCAGAGCGUGAGCCCACAGAUAGGCCAUGCAGGCGUGAUUUUGACAUUGUGUUUUAAGAAGGUGAUGCCUUCUUACUUUCCUUCACUGUGAAUCUAUAACAGUACUUCCUGUUUAUGCAUUUAGUUUACAUUAAACUAUACUUUUUCAGGUAGUGAGGCACAGAAAGCUGUUUAAUGUCUAUAUUUGCUGUUAGUCACAUAUCUAGUUUAUGUGUGAUAUUAAGAAAGAAUAUAACUUGUUAAGAAUAUCUUUUCUAUGGAAACAUAGCUGUCUGUUCACUAAUGAAGCUUAACACUUGUUUUUUUCCUCCACAGUUCCAUCUCCCAACCUAUAUAGCCAGCUGAAUGCUUUACAGUUUACUGUAGAUGAAAGAAGCAUUCUAUGGUUAAACCAGUUUAUACUGGAUUUAAAACAGAGUCUUAAUCAGUUCAUGGCUGUGUACAAGUUGAAUGACAGUUCAAAAUCUGAUGAGCAUGUUGACAUUCGAGUUGAUGGCUUAAUGCUAAAGUUUGUCAUUCCUUCUGAAGUGAAGCCCGGCUGCCAUCAAGAUCAGCCCCACACAGUGUCUAUUCAGAGCUCCGAAAUGAUAGCCACCAACACGAGGCACUGUCCUAACUGCCGGCACUCUGAUUUAGAAGCUUUGUUUCAAGACUUUAAAGAUAAUGACUUUUUUAGCAAAACUUAUACUAGAUUCCCCAAAUCCUGUGACAGUUUUAAUCUUCUACAUCCGAUCUUCCAGAGACAUGCCCACGAACAAGAUACCAAAAUGCAUGAGGUUUAUAAAGGGAAUAUUAUCCCCAAGUUGAAUAAAAACACUCUUAAACCGUCUGCUGCCACCGACGUGUGGGCGGUGCACUUUUCCCAGUUUUGGAUAGACUAUGAAGGGAUGAAAAGCGGGAAGGGGCGGCCAGUAAGCUUUGUGGAUGCUUUCCCUCUGUCUGUCUGGAUUUGCCAGCCAACAAGAUACGCAGAGUUACAGAAAGAGUUCCAGACCUGUGAUCAAGUGACCCUUAAUACCUCACAAAGUGAAUCCAGUGAUCUUGCUGGCCGAAUGAAGAGGAAGAAACUCUUGAAGGAAUAUUACAGUACAGAGUCCGAGUCUUUGACAAAUGGUGGUCAGAGACCUCCAUCGGAUGCAUUCUUAAGGUUUUCCUCUCCGUCUUCAGAUGCGGAUGUUCACAUCCUGGUCCAUGUUCAUAAACAUGUCAGUAUGCAGAUCAACCACUACCAGUAUCUGCUGCUGCUUUUCAUACAUGAGUCUCUCGUUCUGCUUUCGGAUACCUUGCGGAAGGAUGUAGAAGCCGUCACUGGCAGCCCUGCUACCCAAACUUCCGUCUGCGUUGGCGUUUUACUUCGGAGUGCGGAGCUUGCUCUGCUCCUUCAUCCGGUGAAUCACACGAGCGCUCUGCGCUCUCCCGCUUCUGAGAGCGGGAGCCCGCUGCUGCCUGACUACCUGCCAGCAGAAAAUGGGGGGAUUUUGUCUUCAAAGAGAAAACAAGGUGGUAGUGGUGUACAUCGGAUUAGAAAUGCUACUCUCAGCCAUAUGUCAGACAAUAGGUCAAUGAGUGUUGACCUUAGCCACGCCCCUUUAAAGGAUCCUUUGCUUUUUAAGUCAGCCAGUGACACAAACCUGCAAAAAGGCACUUCUUUUCUAGACUAUUUAUCAGACAAACACUUAGGGAAAAUAAGUGAGGAUGAGAGUAGUGGGCUCGUUUACAAGAGUGGCGCCGGAGAAAUGGCCUCAGAGGUGAGUCACAGAAAGGGUGUGGCUUGCACAGACUCAGAUAGUGUCUCAGACUACAGAGAGGAGUCGGCUACGAUUUCCCUGGCUAACGAUGCCAAUCAGAUCGCACCUUCAAAUGCUGCAGCUCGUAAGGGAAAUGAGACUGUACGCUCCAUCUUCAAGGCUGAAGAUUUCCCUCCUGAAACAGCUUCCCUCCCCGAGAGCCUGGAGAAUAGUAAAGAGGCCCCCACAGCCAGAGCACUUAAAUCCCAGCCACCUCUAAGGUAAUGAUUCUGUUGGGAU